ACUUCUUAAAUGCCUAUUUAUAUUUGUGAUCUAUUUUUCAGUCAACGGUCAGUGGGGUGAAUGGAGUCCUUGGAGUGAAUGCAAUGUAGACUGCAAAAUUUUGGUGGAAGAAUUGAGGAACAAGAAGGGAAAUCAAAGAAGAAUUGAUCAACUUUUGCCAAAACAAACUCGACAACACGAAUGCAACAAUCCUGCGCCUCUGAACAACGGUCAAGAUUGUCCUGGUUCUGCAAUUGAAGAUAGGCCUUGUAAAUUUACGUGUCGUGUUGACGGACACUGGACUCACUGGAGCAGUUGGUCAGAAUGUACCUCACAGUGCUAUGAAAUAAGAACUCGAAGCUGCAGCGCACCGCCUCCAAUGAACGGUGGAGCCAACUGCAGCGGAAGUGCCUUAGAAACAAAGAGCUGCUCGCCAGGUACGGGUCACUGUAGAAAUCAUAUCAAAGCUCCAGCUUUCGAUUCGCCACCGUUAGAAACGCAGUUAGCGAUGUACGCUGGAUUAGGCAGCGUAGUAAUAUUGUUAUUGCUAAUAUUCUUGCUUAUGCUUAUCUUGUUUUGUCGUUGGAAACGAUGCUGUCUUGGUGUUCGCCGGAAUGAUAUCUAUUUCGCAGAAAAUAGCGGACAUGUUCGAACAGUUUUAUUACAACAAAAGCAACGUCUUCUGGGAGAUCCAGAUGGAGUAAAGAUAAUCGCCAACGGAAGUGAAUUUUAUACACUGACCACAACAGCUUCUCCAGCACAUCCGGUUAUUCAUCCAUCUACAUUUACCUUAAGAUCUGUAAGAAGUGCUAACAGUGGCUAUUCAUCAACUCGACAAGGAGCAGGUUCGAGAACAGCUUUGAUAACUGAGUGCUCAUCGUCGAAUUCUUCAAACGGUAAGACGACACUAGGGGAAUGCAGUAGUUCGCAAGGUUCUGACGAAAAUUAUGCAACAUUAUAUGAUUAUGUGGGUGAUGCAAGCGAACGAUAUGGCCCGUUACAGAUGGUUACAUUCCCACAAGUAUUUACGCCUGUAUAUUUCAACAGAAACGGAGGUAGAGUAGAGUUAAAGAAAAGCGGAGUAUCGUUAUCAGUUCCUGAAAACGCUCUUUCAAAUGAACACACUGUUUACAUUGCUGUUUCUGAAGACACUAACGAUCGACCAAAACUUCCUGAGGGAGAUACCGUCCUGAGUGCCACCGUGAUGACUGGUUUAUGUGAUGGUAAUGGCGAUGAAGCUUUUGUAUUACACCGUCCCUUCGUAGUAUCUUUCAAACAUUGUGCCAGCAACUUUCCCAGAGACAGUUGGACAUUCAUCUUGUACGGCAAGAAAAAUUACGAUGGAAUCUGGGAGAUGAUUGUUAAAAUCGGUGAAGAAAAUAUAAAUACACCAGUUUACUGUCAAUUAGAACAUUACAGAUGCCACGUCAUGACAGAGCAGUUUGGCAAACUAUUGUUGGUUGGAAGACCAAAAAAAUUAAAUGGAAUGGCAACAAAACGAGUAAGGGUAGCGGCGUUUGGUCCGACAAAACCAAAUUUAGGUGAUCGAACUGUACGUAUUUAUUGCGUACCGGAAACUGGUGUCGCUUUCAGAAGAGUUAUUGAACGCGAAGAAAACACCGGAGUUUUACUAGGACAACUGAAGGACUUCCUGCUAAGAGAAACAGGAUCACUGUGCUUACGACUUGAUAGCGCAUCGUCUGGUUCAUAUUCGUCACCUCCAUCCCAUUACUAUGAAAUUCAAGAAACUGCUCGAUUAUGGUGCUUGCAAAGUGGAGUACAUUGUGAUCUCAGUGUCACAAACGUAGAAGAGACUGGUGAGAAGAACUGGAAGAGACGUGUUCUCAUUUAUCAAAAAGAGAACCCUGACGGUCGCCAAACUCUUGAAAUUGAUUUGCAAAAGCCAUUGGUUUGUGACGAACUACAAGAUGAGUGUCCAGUUUCCGUUCCUUUCCAACUUGACUCAAGCAUAAGGUGGAGACUAGCUGACCUUCUGGACACUCCUACCGAUCCAGAAAAAGACUGGAGAGGCUUGGCUAAAAAACUGGGCCUUCAUCGAUAUAUACAGUACUUUGCUACCCGACCAGGCCUAUCACCAACCACAUUACUCCUAGACAUGUGGGAGGCAAUGAAAGUCGGUUCACGAGAAGCUGUUUUUGAUCUUCUUCAAAAACUUCGCAGCAUGGGUCGACCAGAUGCCGUAGUUAUUAUAGACCAAUAUCUAGCUUGA